CUUUGCUCCCGAGUCACCGGUUUCAAUGACUCAAAUUUCUCGCAACAUGGAAUAUGAUCAAAGGAGUGUAAAUCUCAAGCUUUGGAGCUAUGACAAUGGAGGUGUAGAUGUAUCACUUAAGGAUGGUUGGCUCUCUGCAGUGGAUCGGGGAAGUUCCAUAUGUAAUUCAACUUAUGAUCAUCAUGAAUUUAGCAAUCAUGGAUCCGAGUACACGGAGGAAUUUGCAGGAAUCUUGCAUAGAAAUGUUAGAAAUGGGCUACCAGGUGCCACUUCCAGUCCUCAGAGGUCACGUUCUCGGAUUAAUGUGGACAACCUCUUUACAACUCCAAGGAAGCUCAUCCACUCUCUUCAAAAUCCUAAUGAUUUGAUCUCAGGUUUCUCUGAGAAACAAUUCAGAAGGUUCAGAAGUCCCCGCUCAGAGAUACUUGGAUGGAAUCCAACCACAAACCAUAUCCGUUUUGGGCAUGGUAUGAUCUAUGAGGUCAAAAGGAAUGGAAAUAUGUAUACAGAUGGUGAGGAAUUUCAAGGUGUCUCUGAAUCUGUGCCAUCAACUGAUGACAGUCCUGCUGCUGUUGACGUCCAAGGGUCUAAUGAGGCUGUUCCCAUGAAUAGAACUGAAAUUCAAGAGUUUCACAAUGAGAAAGCUGGUAACAGGACAGGUUCUAAAAUGUUUUUUGGCCUCUUUUUCAUUAUAGUUACAGCAGUUCUCACUUCAUUAAUGUGGACUGCAGUUCAGGAUGAAAGCUUCUAUGUUGUUCCAACUUAGUUCACUCAUUCUGUUACUCCCAUUAUUUGUUACUCCCAUUAAUAAACAAAGUCAUUUGUUUGCUGUCUAAUGAAUUCAGCAUUAUUUAAUAAAAUGUCAUAUUCUUAAUUUCAAUACCAAAUUAAAAAUUUUUGACAACUUCAAGUACUAAAAAAAUUGAACAUAAAUAGAGCAUUUCAGCCUCAUAACAUUUGGCUUUUCUGUAUGUAUAUCGAAUGCAUAUCAUUUUGAUUUUUAGGACUCAUCAAAUGCUACCUUACUGUCGAAAAAUUACGUAACUGAUACGCUAAAAA